GCUCGAACCCCGACGGAAGGCCUUCCUCGGCUUUGCACGCUGCUCUACUGCCGGGGUGCUGUUGGCCGCUGCAGUCCUAUCGCCGAGGAGGUCGUCGUCGCCGCCAUCAUGACUACCCAUGUUGGGGAUGACGCCGCCAGAACUUGGUGCUGCUGCCCACCGUACUCAGGCGACAACACCCGCGGGCUGCUGUUCUAGCUCCUCUUGCUCGGUGUAAGAAAGCCCCGCUCCUCUUGUUCGUCGAAUCUGAAGCGCCUCAAAUUGGAAAAUACGGAGUGUACCCACCACUCCGUCAGUCCGUCCCGGCUUCAAUAGUACCGCCGACUACUAGCUUCUCCUCUCUUCAUCUUCAAUAUACACAGUGUACUAUACCCAGUAUACUUCUUGUUUUCCCACCGCGUCCGCCGAGCCUCCGAUUGUUUGUCAUCGCAAGGUGCUGCGAAUUUCCAUGAAAAACUUGUGAGAGAUCAAGAUAUCCUCUUUUAUCACAACUCGAAAGUCGGGUCUGCUAAUAUUGAAGUGUUGAGGGAAGUGGUACUAAUAUGUGGCUGCAUAGUGGGAAAGCCCAGUUCUUGAGAAAGUUCUCGCAAUUACAGUGGGGCUUUCAGUCAUGUUCUUUCUCAGACUUUGCUCAGAAGAAGGCAAAGCUUGCCCCACUACAGGAGCGGAGAAUGAUAGACCGCUUCCGAGUAUGGGCAAAAGGAGGUGAUGGUGGGAAUGGGUGUAACAGCUUUCGUCGUAGCAGACAAGAUCGCUUUGGAAGACCAGAUGGCGGAAAUGGUGGACGAGGAGGUGAUGUAAUACUAGAAUGUUCUCCGGCAGUUUGGGAUUUCAGCAGUCUGCAGCAUCACAUCAAUGCUAAGAGAGGGGGACAUGGAGCUUCAAAAAACAUGAUAGGAAGCAGAGGCACUGACAAGGUUGUCCAAGUGCCAGUUGGCACUGUAAUUCAUGUUGUGGAGGGAGAACUUCCAUCUGCAGUUCAAAAAACCUCUUCAACAACCUUAGCUCCUUGGGACAUUCCUGGCACACUUAGUGCCCCUGUUUCAUCGCAAUCUUUACCCCCUUACGCCAAAGCGGAAACCGCUUUCAACGUGUCCCCCACUCCAGAUCCUCCUUUAAGCACAGGGCUGGAGGACGAAAGUAAUGGCGCGGAGUACAAUGUAGUGGAGUUAACAGUGCCGGGGCAACAGAUUAUUGUUGCCGAGGGAGGGGAGGGCGGUUUAGGUAAUUUGUCAACGGGGAAAACCUCAAAGACGGUUGCCGAGGAAGGAGGAGUAGAAGCAGAAACAGCGAGUAGCAGCACGGGUUUCCCGGGGUCCGAGGUUGUUCUCGUGCUAGAGCUGAAGAGCAUUGCCGAUGUCGGCCUCGUCGGGAUGCCGAAUGCCGGCAAAAGCACCCUCCUUGGGGCCUUAUCGAAGGCGAAGCCGGCGGUGGGCCACUACGCCUUCACGACGCUGCGCCCCAACUUGGGGAACGUGAACUUCGACGAUUUCUCGGUCACGGUGGCCGACAUCCCCGGGCUCGUCAGCGGGGCCCACGAGAACAGGGGACUUGGGCACGCGUUCCUGCGGCACGUGGAGCGGACGAAAGUCCUCGCCUACGUGGUGGACCUGGCGGCGGGGACAGGCGGCAACAAAGGGGUGCCGCCGUGGGAACAGCUGAGGGACUUGGUCCUGGAGCUCGAACACUAUCGCCCGGGGCUGUCGGAUCGGCCGUCCCUAGUGGUGGCGAACAAGAUUGACGAGGACGGAGCGGAGGAGGUCUGCGAGGAGCUGAAACAAAGGGUGUCUGGGGUCCCUAUUUUCCCGGUGUGUGCUGUUUUGGAGGAAGGAACCUCUGAGCUGAAAGAUGGUCUUAGGUUGCUCGUGAAUGGUAUAGAGUCGUAUCGAUUGAACUUAGAACAUAUUGUUCUUGAUUAGAAGGGUAUAAAAUAUUAAAAUAAUUACGUAGUAUCUUUUUUUUGUUUUUUAGAAUAAUUCUUGUACUCAUGUGUAGUAUUUGUUCAAUUUUUUUUAAUCUCAAUCCAUUAAGAGCUGGAUGUGGAAAAGUUUGGAGUUUUUCUGUAUCAAUUAAAAGGGCUAGAAUUCAUGGUCCUUCAACUUUAUCAAUUGUGCACGAUUGGUCCUUCAGGUUUCAAAAGCCCAUAAAUAGUCCUUCAACUU